AUGUCACCAGCAAAAAAGAAACGUCAGUAGUGGAGUUUGUUACGUCAAAAUAUUCGUCCUGUCCAAAAAAGCUUAAAUUCUAAGAAAAAUCGCCGUAUUUUGCAAAUUCACAAGUCGUAGGAACGCUAUGUCGGUGAGAUUUGGCGUUAUAGAAGAUUGAAACAACAUGCCCUUGACAUUCAAGUAGAUUCCUGUGCCAAAUAACAUCAGGGUUACAAUGGAUUCCGAACUGUCCAGCGCUGACAUCUGCCGCGUGUGUCGCUCCGAGGGGGUCCCAGAGCGCCCCCUUUUCCAUCCUUGCAUAUGCACCGGCAGCAUCAAGUGGAUUCACCAAGAAUGCCUAAUGCAGUGGAUGCGUUACUCCCGCAAAGAAUACUGCGAACUCUGUUCCUACCGCUUCUCCUUCACCCCCAUUUACUCCCCGGAUAUGCCUAGACGACUGCCCGUUAAAGACCUAGCCGCCGGUCUCCUAUCCUCCAUCGGUACCGCCAUCAAGUACUGGUUACAUUACACUUUAGUCGCUAUAGCGUGGUUGGGAAUAGUCCCUUUAACCGCGUGUCGGAUAUACAGGGCGUUGUUCGCGGGAACCGUAGACGCCAUUUUAACCCUCCCCUUCGAACUUCUAUCAAUGGAAAAUCUAGCGUCUGAUAUUUUUCAAGGCUGUUUCGUAGUCACUUGUACUUUGUUCGCUUUCGCGGGGUUGGUUUGGCUGAGGGAGCAGAUUUUGCACGGCGGAGGGCCCGAUUGGUUGCAGAGAGACAACGCCGGAUUGCCCGCAGAAGACGCUCCAGCUCCCAUCUUAAACAACAAUAUCCCCGAAGAGGUGGAAAACCCCGAAGAGAACGUCCAAGAGCCGGAAGCCGCAAUACAACCACAAGAGAAUCAAGUGGAAGCGCAGGAAGAAAACGAAGUCAACGGAGGCGAAGACAAUAAUUGGAUACCGAUGGAGUGGGAUAGAGCAGCUGAAGAAAUCACCUGGGAGAGACUAUUGGGUUUGGACGGAUCCCUCAUGUUCUUGGAACACGUGUUCUGGGUGAUCUCCCUCAAUACUCUCUUCAUUCUCAUCUUCGCCUACUCUCCCUACCACAUGGGUCUGAUGACGUUGUCGUUAGUCAACAUGCGCGAAACCGCUUCCGCUAGUCACUUCGAAGGGUUGCUGACCACCCUCGUCGGCUACUGCACAGUCGGUUUGUUCUUCGUCUUCUUCCACAGAGUCGCAGGCGUUUUAGGCUUCUACAAAGCUAAACGCGUCCUGGGCUUGUGCUACGUCGUCGUCAAAGUCUCCAUGCUCUCGGUAGUCGAAAUCGGAAUUCUUCCUCUAGUUUGCGGCUGGUGGCUCGAUAUUUGUUCGUUGGCCAUGUUCGACGCGACUCUCAAAGACCGCGAAAAUAGCUUCAGCGCGGCUCCAGGCACCUCCAUUUUCAUCCACUGGCUAAUCGGCAUGGUCUACGUCUACUACUUCGCUUCUUUCGUACUGCUUCUGCGCGAGAUUCUCCGUCCCGGCGUCCUGUGGUUCCUCCGCAACUUCAACGACCCAGAUUUCAGUCCCAUCCAAGAAAUGAUCCACUUGCCGAUACUCGAACACAUCCGGAAGUUGCUCAUUUCGGCAGUUAUUUUCGGAAGCGUCGUUCUGUUGAUGUUGUGGCUCCCAAUCCGGAUUUUGAAGAUCCUGUUGCCGAGUUUUCUCCCGUACACGGUGUCCCUGAAUAGCGAAACCCAAGUCAACGAACUAUCCCUGGAGUUGCUUUUGUUGCAAGUCAUCCUCCCGGCGUUGUUGGAGCAGUCGCACACGAGGAUUUGGCUCAAGGGCUUGGUGAGGAACUGGUGUCGAGCGGUGGCGUGGGUGCUCAAUAUACACUCGUACCUCCUGGGGAACUCAGACGGUCAAGAAAAUCGGGAAGAGGCGGCCAACGCAAACGGACAAGCGGUAAUUAACCCGCCCGAGCCGGGAGCGGGCUUAGGGGCGGCACAUCAAGCGCUGCUCAUGAUGGAGCCGCCGUCAGGUUUCCAACCCUAUGAACGCCCGUCGUUCUUCGUCGCGCGCCUCGUCGGCCUCCUCGUCCUCGUCUGCGUCUCGCUGGUGGCCUUCAGUCUAACCGCCCUCACUCUCCCGGUGUGGCUGGGCCGCCGCGUCAUGGCCCUGUGGCUCGUAGGCGCGCCGCCUCCGGGUCCUCAAAUAUCCGCCACUGCCGCCCAAACCGAAGUCAAAGUCCACGAACUCUACACAGCCGCUUGCGGUCUCUACCUGUGCUGGUUGUCGGCCCGGGCCGUCACCCUCAUCAUGAGCUGGUUGCCCCAAGGCCGCGCCGCUAUGAUGUCGCGGCUCAAGCAGUGGUGCAUCCUCGGCUUAAAAACCAUGGUCGCCAGUACCAUCCUCCUCGGGGUCAUUCCGCUGCUCUUCGGCCUGCUCCUGGAACUAGUGGUUAUAGUCCCGCUUCGUGUACCCAUCCACCAAACCCCCAUCCUGUUCAUCUGGCAGGACUGGGCGCUGGGUGUGCUCUACACGAAAAUAGCGUGCGCGGUGACGAUGAUGGGUCCCGAUUGGUUCCUGAGGGCGGCGAUCGAAAGAGCGUACAGAGACGGCAUCAGGGAUAUGCAUCUGAGUUUUAUUUUUAAACAGUUGGCGGCACCGGUGAUCGUGAGUUUUGGGUUGGCGUUGGCCAUACCGUACGUGCUCGCGUAUUCGGCGGUACCGCUGUUCGUGAGUAGUCUGCAGAUGAGGAAUCUGAUCGCGCGAAGGCUGUACCCGUUCUUGUUGCUGCUGUGUGUUGUGGGUGUGGUGGUAGUUUUACAAAUUAGACAAUUUAAGAAGUUGUAUGAGCACAUUAAGAACGAUAAGUACUUGGUUGGGCAAAGAUUGGUCAAUUACGAUCACAGGAAAGCUAAAGCGCAGACGGACACUUAAAUUCUCGAUUAGGGUGUUUCUUCUUUGAGUUUUUUUUUAAAUAACGGUUUUCCAGUUCGAGGUUAGGUUCAUUCCUGUAAAUAUUAUUUAUUUUUUAUUGUAUAUAUGGCAGAAAUAUAUUUUCUUUCGUAUUUAUAGGAGUGUAUUUACGUUAUGACAACGUGGUGUUAGUGCUUGACCCUUCAUCGUAAUGGAAGUCUGUGAUAUAUGCGAGAAUGUUAGACAUUUUUGAAUUUCUGAUUUUAAAAAAGGACUCUUGAGACCGGCGCUUUGAAAAAGCUAAAGGUUGGCACUAAUCUCACCCUAGAUUACUACACAGUCACGUCAGUUAGAUUCGAUACGUCUGUACUAUUAUAUCUACUUAUUUUACUAUAAUAAAGACUGUUUUUCCAACCA